CUUCACCACCACCACCAUCAUCAUCAGCACUAACUUCAGCCUGAGCUGCUUGGGCAGAGCAGACGUCUGUCCGUAUGGAGGAUAAACCGCUCACCUGAUUUGUCUUCGCCCGUGGUUUGCGGCAUGAGCUACACCUGGAAACGUAGACAUUUGUAUUUUUCUUUUUUUUACAUGCAACUGGCUCAAGAUGUUGUUCCAUCGAUAUGACAAUGAUACCAUUUCGUCGUUGCACCAGUCAGCGUGAUUUGCUAUGGUGAUACUACAAGCUAACCCCAAGCUAGCAGAGGGAUUGUUUUGGGAGAUACCUUUUUUUAAAUACUCUCACGCUGACACAUGAAUAAGUGACUUUUGUGGAUUUUUUUUUUUAAAUCAAGCUGGAACACAAAAGGGAAUGUCUAACCAAGGAGUUAGGAGAAAUGGCCCAGUAAAGCUGCGGUUAACAGUCUUGUGUGCAAAGAACCUGGCAAAGAAAGACUUCUUCCGGUUGCCAGAUCCCUUUGCCAAAGUGGUGGUGGAUGGGUCAGGACAAUGCCACUCUACAGAUACUGUGAGAAAUACGCUGGACCCAAAAUGGAAUCAACAUUAUGAUCUAUACAUUGGAAAGGCAGACUCCAUCACCAUCAGUGUAUGGAACCACAAGAAGAUCCACAAGAAGCAGGGUGCCGGUUUCCUGGGCUGCGUACGCCUUCUAUCCAAUGCCAUCAACAGAUUAAAGGACACUGGCUGUAAGUAUCAGAGACUCGAUCUGAAUAAACUGGGCCCCAAUGACAAUGAUACUGUGAGAGGACAGAUUGUAGUAAGUCUACAGUCGAGAGAUCGCAUUGGAUCAGGAGGGCCUGUGGUGGACUGCAGUCGUCUCUUUGACAAUGACUUACCUGACGGGUGGGAAGAGAGGAGGACCGCUUCUGGAAGGAUACAGUAUUUGAACCACAUAACACGUACCACGCAGUGGGAGAGACCUACCAGGCCAGCGUCAGAGUAUUCCAGCCCAUCAGGGCGUCCGCUUAGCUGCGUGGUGGAUGAAAACACACCAGUGAUGACGCCUGUUAAUGGGGCUGAGGCCAGUGGUCCACCAGGUGAGCAGCGGAUCCAGGAGAGACGGGUUCGAUCGCAGCGACACCGCAACUACAUGAGUCGGACGCACCUGCAUACGCCGCCUGACCUGCCUGAGGGUUAUGAGCAAAGAACAACUCAGCAGGGUCAGGUCUAUUUCCUCCACACACAGACGGGAGUCAGUACCUGGCAUGACCCCCGGGUACCCAGGGACCUAAGCAAUGUGAACUGUGAGGAGCUUGGCCCUCUGCCCCCCGGCUGGGAGAUCAGAAACACAGCCACUGGCCGCGUCUACUUUGUGGACCAUAACAAUCGAACAACACAGUUCACAGACCCACGACUGUCUGCCAACCUGCAUCUAGUGCUCAACCCAACUCCAAAUGGUUCCCGUGUGGCCAUGGAGAGCCAGAACACUAACCUCAGUCAUCCCAUUCAGUUGAAGGACCAGGUUGGUCCUCCUGUUCCCCCUCCGCAAGUUCUGUCACCAGCCCAGUUACCUGAAGAAGCAGAGUGCCUGACAGUGCCCAAAUACAAGAGAGACCUGGUGCAGAAGCUGAAGAUCCUGCGGCAGGAACUGUCUCAGCAACAACCCCAGGCUGGUCACUGCCGCAUCGAGGUCUGUCGAGAGGAGAUCUUUGAGGAGUCGUACCGACAAGUGAUGAAGAUGCGUCCAAAGGAUCUGUGGAAAAGACUGAUGAUUAAGUUCAGAGGAGAGGAAGGACUGGACUAUGGUGGCGUAGCUAGGGAAUGGCUAUAUCUGCUAUCCCAUGAGAUGCUGAACCCGUACUACGGCCUAUUCCAGUACUCCAGAGAUGACAUCUACACUCUUCAGAUUAACCCGGACUCUGCUGUCAACCCGGAGCAUCUGUCGUAUUUCCACUUUGUGGGUCGUAUCAUGGGAAUGGCUGUGUUCCACGGCCACUACAUUGACGGAGGCUUCACUCUGCCCUUCUACAAGCAGCUGCUGGGUAAACCGAUCACGCUGGAUGAUAUGGAGUCUGUUGAUCCUGACCUCCACAACAGCCUCGUCUGGAUUCUGGACAAUGACAUCACUGGUGUCCUGGACCACACUUUCUGUGUAGAGCAUAAUGCCUACGGAGAGAUUAUCCAACAUGAGCUGAAACCUAAUGGCAAAAGUAUUCCUGUCACAGAGGACACCAAGAAGGAGUAUGUCAGGUUGUAUGUGAAUUGGCGUUUCCUGCAUGGCAUCGAGGCUCAGUUUUUGGCCUUGCAGAAAGGCUUCAAUGAGGUCAUCCCCGAACACCUUCUUAAAUCCUUUGACGAAAAGGAGCUGGAGCUGAUCGUGUGCGGCUUGGGAAAGAUCGACAUUUUAGACUGGAAGUCUAACACCCGUCUGAAGCAUUGCACCCCUGACAGCAACAUCGUGAAGUGGUUUUGGAAAGCUGUGGAGUCGUUUGACGAGGAGAGGAGGGCACGACUUCUGCAGUUUGUUACUGGCUCGUCUAGAGUCCCACUGCAAGGCUUUAAAGCUUUACAGGGUGCUGCAGGUCCCAGACUCUUCACCAUUCAUCAGAUCGAUGCCAACACCAACAACCUGCCCAAAGCCCACACCUGCUUUAAUCGGAUUGACAUUCCGCCCUACGAGAGCUACGAAAAGCUGUAUGACAAGCUGCUAACGGCCAUCGAGGAGACCUGUGGCUUCGCAGUGGAAUGAGAGACACUUUGGAGAGUGUGCGUUUGUGUAUGAAUUAUUUGCAACUGUGUGCGAGACUUUGAUAGACUAUUAUCGUGAAUGCGACAUGCUGUCGAUCUCACUCAGAGAUGGAUAUGAGCGUCUUUGACCAGCCUGCAGUCUUCCUCCAAUCUCACGGCUGUCCACAUUUGUUUCUUAUUGAUGAUCUCAUUGACCCGUCUGAACAGCUGCUAGAGAUUCAUCCCAUUUUUCUUUCUUUUUAAUUUCUUUUUUCUUUUGGUGUCAAUCAAUAAGAGCUGCCUAGAGACGCAGUUAUCAUUUUGACUUGGCAGUUUUUUUUGCCUUUGCAGUCAGAAAAAGGAACUGUGGGGAAAAAACUGAAAACUCUUCUUACUUUGAAAUUAAUCAAAUCAGAAGAUUGACAUACUAGUCAUUUGUUACCUUGCAAAAUUUUCUGUAAAAACAGCGCGGCACCAUUUUGUGUUGCAGUCUGAACUGAUUAAAGUGAUCCUCGUCAUGCUACUGAAUCUAUAACGUUGCAGGUAGCCAUAUCUUGCCCAUAGUAGCCAUUUUAACCUCAUUCAAUACUGGAGCGCCACAAAUCCCUCCUACCUCAGUGUCAUUUUUAAACAUUUAAAGGGUUUCAUUCCAAAAUGCUAUCAUAUUUUGUAAAAAAAAAAAAAUAAAAACAAAAUUGGUAGCACGUGUUACUCAGAAUCAGAAUACAUUUUUACAGCAGUGCUUCUCAGUUACUUACACUUUUAUACAAGCGGUUAUUUCGUACCUGUUAGACCGUACGAUUGAAACAAUAAAUGUAUCAUUUUGAAAUGGAACUCACACAGACGGACAUGGAUGCAGAGUAGGUCUGAGGUUUUGUGGCGUUUUUUAUGUCGAGCUUGUGACGAUUGCUCAAAGAUGAGAGACGGACUCUGGUGAAGAAGAAGAAGAAGAAAGAAAAUAAUUGUUUGUGGUUGUUUUGUACUUAAUCACUGCACACUUUGGCCACAGCUCCUAUAAACGUAUGUCUGUGUGUUACUGCAUGUUUACACAAAUGUACGUUUUUAUGCAAGUUAGGUAGAGAUUUGUUGAGUUCUCCUAAAGCUCUGCUCGCACAGUCUCCUGUGUGUGUCACUGCAAACAUCACACUUUGAGCCUGGUUCAUCUGCCUUCACUGCAUGUUCUUUCUCUGUUAUGUCCGACCCUGUGUCACUGACACUUCCUGUCACAUGGUUUGUGAAGGACACAUCUGUCCCCGGAACCAGGCUUGAUUUGAAAGAAAAAAAUAUAAAGCAUCUUUCAAGGCAGAUGUCUAUUUUCAGUCACAUCCGUUUAGUCUCUUGUCACUUUAGAGCACUUUACAAACUAAGCAGUGAUGCAGGAGUGCUUCCUUCACAUUAGAUUAAAAAUAUAUCAUGUUUAAUUUGCUAUUCAAUUACAUAAGAAAUAUACAGAGACAAUUGUAUCUAUACAACUGUAAUGUUUGAGUAUAUAUGUACAAAUGCAUAGCUAUUUUGUAUAUUGUUGCUUUUUUUCUCCCCCUUUCUGUUCAUUUUAAAUGCAAGCAUGUUGCAGUCUGUCACAGAC